GCACGCAAGGGCAAUUUGGUCUUGUUACGGAACAGAAGGGAUAUGGUUCCCGGGCUCCGGCGACGACGAGAGGUAGGCAGAAAUCGUUUGCCAAAUCAACACCAGCAACAGCAAAGCGACUACAGAGAGUAGGAGAUGCUUACUCUCCACACCAUUCAGUCAUGCCCCUCGCUGCGCAGAUCCUCUCUGUUCCGGCGUGCUCUGCUAGGCAGGAAGAGAUCUUUCAUUUCUGCCAGCAGUUCUGAGGAUGCCGAAUCCGGCACUCCCCCGCCGCUUGGUGGCGACAAACACCAGCAGGAGGUUCUUGCACAGAUCGCCAUGCUUCAGACGCAGAAGGUGCGCAUCACAGACUUCUUGGACGAGCGCUCUGCUUACCUGACCAAGUUCGCCAAGGACGCCGACUCGGAGUUCGACCUGAUUGGGCAGAACGCUAUGAAAGAACUUGAUGCCGUUGGUGACCAGAUACUGGAGAGGCUCGACAGCAAGAUGCAAGCCUUCGAGGAGACGGCUGAGGUGCAACGGCAAGAGAUAGAAAUGAACGAUAAGGUGUUAGAGGACUUCGAAGACUGGAUCGAAAAGGAGAAAAACGAAGGGAUGUUCUUCAAAAGCCUUGGCAAGGUCAAACCUCGGAACAAGAUGGAAAUAAAGGUGAAAGCCAAGGUGGAAGCACAGAAGGUCAAAGAGAUUGCAGAGGAGAGUGCAGGAUCAAAAACUCGUAUGAACAUUUACCUGGGGCUGAUGGGGAUACUCGGGAUUACAAUUGCGAAUGCCAUCUUUGCAACACCAGAGGUGGAGUGGAGGAAGGUUGCUGCUCUGGGUCUGAUUUUCAUUGGUCUGGUUGCUCAGGUCAUCUACGAGCAGGAUAUCUCACCGCCGGAAGCUGAGAAGACAGAGAAAAUAGAAGAAUAAAAAAGGAGUUGCAGACAUAUCGGUAGGGUGGUGUAAUCUCACACAGGCAAUGUAAACUGUAUAUGGUAGCAUGAAUAGAUACAAGGUUUAAUACUUC